AUGGGGAAUCAAGUGGAGAAACUGACCCACCUAAAUUACAAGGAGGUUCCUACGACUGACCCGACAGGCACGGACAGAGAUGAGGGUCCCAGGAUUGGGGUCUCCUACAUAUUUUCCAAUGAUGACGAUGAAGUGGAGCCACAGCAGGACUCGGGGGUAUCGGAUUUAGGCAGGGAGCACCCUGCAUCGCAGCCAUAUGACCCCCGGCUUCACGAAGUGGAAUGUUCCAUCUAUUACCGCGAUGAGUGCAUUUAUCAGAAAAGCUUUUCUGGGGAUGAUACGUUACCCGACGAGGUGGAUGGAGGUGGAGGGGGCCAUCUCACCACCUACACUCCAGAAAACCUGUUGAACAGGUGCAAACCUGGCGAUCUCGUGGAGUUUGUGUGCCAGGCCCAGUACCCCCACUGGGUGGUGUACGUUGGGGAUUUCCAAGUGGUGCAUCUACAUCGACUGGAAAUAGUGAACAGCUUUCUGACAGACGCCAGCCAGGGCAGGAGGGGACGCAUUGCAAACCAGCUGUACCAUUACAAACCGCUAAGUCCAGCGACGGUGGUGCGGAAUGCCCUGGACCAGGUGGGUUGCAAGGACCGGGAUCUCAGUUGGAGGAACUCGGAGUGUUUUGCGGCCUGGUGCCGUUACGGCAAGCGCGAGUUCAAAAUUGGUGGCGAGCUACGCAUUGGCAAACAGCCUUAUCGGUUGCGGAUCCAGCUGGGAGAGAAACGCAGCCACACGCUGGAGUUCCAGAGCCUGGAGGAUCUUAUUAUGGAGAAAAGGAGGAAUGACCAGAUAGGGAAGGCAGCAGUCCUCCAAGAACUCUCCAGCCAUCUGCAGGCAGCCGAGGCGGAAGAUGCUGACGGCGAGAGCAAUGAGCCAGGUGCCCGGACCGCCACCGAGUAGCGGCUCUUGCACAACCCGGCCGCUUAGCCUGGGUGACGGGGAUUAAAACUGAAGGCGGCGAAAUUGAGCUGUUAUAAGCCCUUUGGGCUGCUUCAGUGCAGCUUCACUCCAAUCACAUGUGAAGG